UUGGACAGGAUCAUUACUGACCCCAUCAUAUCUACGGAGAACACCGCAUUCAACUCUCCCGCCGACUCUAGACCACCAGCCGAGAAUAUCUUUGACCGACCCGCCGCUUCGGAGCAGACCUUGCCCACGGAGCGGGACCACUUGGUCGCUCCCAAGAAAGUAAAGAAACCGUUCUACCGUGCCAGACCUUUAUGGCUCGUCCCGUUCGCUCUAGCUACGUCACUCACGCGUGGGAUGACGCUGGCGUCACGCGUGGAGGUGUUCACUGAACUUUCAUGCAACCAGCUACAUGAUCCUUACAAACAUGCGUCCGUCCCCGUCGACGGGUUCAUGUUAGGCCUUCGUUCUACCGACCAUCUACCUGAGGCACAGGCACAACCUUCCAUUCCUUUGUUCUUCCCAUCCUCAUCUACAACGUCGCUCUUCAAAGAGUCCGAAGGUGAUGGCGUGAACGAGGGGGAUGAUCCACGGGUCAUACCUGGCAACAAGUGUGUUUCGGAUCCUGCUGUGCAGGCCAGGGCAGCCCGACUGCAGACUAUCAUGACAACCAUCAUGGGCGCACUUUCAGCUCUCACCACCGGCUGGUGGGGUCAAUUUGGGGAGCGAUACGGCCGCACCCGUGUACUCGGGGUCACCGCUUUCAGCCUCUUCAUGACUGAUCUCAUAUUUAUUCUUGUUUCUACGCCAAAUAGCCCCUUGGCUGGCCAUUCUCACAAGCUCUUGGUCCUUGCGCCAGUCAUAGAGGGCUUGCUUGGCGGAUGGUCCGCUAUGACAAGUGCUCAAUCAGCCUAUAUCACCGACUGCACAUCUUCGGGUUCUCGUGCAACAAUCUUUGCACGUUUCAGUGGGGUGUUGUUUGUCGGACUUGCUCUUGGGCCGAUCCUGGGAGCGUGGCUUAUCAGGCACCCAGUCUAUUUCUUGAGACUGUGGUUAGGCGACCAUCCAUUACAAAGUGUGAACUCUGUCUUCUGGGUGUCGAUCACGUGUUCAUUUGUCAACUUUCUUCUGGUAUCCUUCGUCAUCCCUGAAUCUCUUUCGGCUUCCCGUCGGGCGUCAAACCGCAAGGGCAAAAGUCGCGCUGUGGAAACCUCCGAGGCUAACACCAACGAUGGUCAGUACACAUGGUAUAUUUCGACUAGAAACCCUGGAAAUAUCGCAACGGGCAUUCUGAAAAACUUGCUGUCUCCACUUGCUGUCUUCCUCCCGUCCGAUAUCCCCGUUGCCGUUAGGGUUGCUGGCGAAGGGCAAGUUCGAAUACGCCGACGCAAAGACUGGAGUCUUACCUUGCUCGCAAUUGCUCUGGCGCUUAACAUGCUCGCUUCUGGGCUCUUCCAGCUUAAGUACCUCUAUGCAGAGCAUGUAUACGAUUGGUCUGCGGAGCAGCUGAGCUACUACAUCUCAUUCCAGGGUGCUGUUCGUGCUUGUUAUCUCCUUUUCCUCUUGCCUUUCCUUUUAGUCACUUUCAAGCCCGUUCGUUCUGCUGUCUCAGCGGCUGUACUUGCACAAGGUAAACAGAAUGGAAAACCUGUCCCGACGAUAUCCCAGCUUUUUGCGGAGAUGCGUUUUGAUCUUGUGGUGUUGCGUUGCUCGAUGAUUGCCGAGUUCUGCUCGCAUACAGCAGUCGUCUUUGCACCCCUUCCUUCGGGUGAUCGUUCCUCUACAUGGUGGUCGGAAUUCUUUUUUGUCGGUGCCACAUCUCUUGCAUGUGCUGGUGCUGGUAUCCUGCCUGCUGCCCAAAGCUUCGCGCUCAGUUCACUCCAAGGACGUGGUUUGGCUGAGAAAGAGGCAGCGCGCAUUCGUGCAGGCUCAGAUGGUGCUUUCAGUGACUGUGACGCGGUAUCUGAGCCUGGUAAACUCCUUGGAGCUCUUGCUGUUUUGCAGGCAGUCGGGUCGACCAUCCUUGGUCCCGUGCUCUUUGGCUUAGUUUACAGCGCCACGGUUGCUUCGUUCCCCAGAACUAUCUUCGUGGUUGCUGCAGGGCUCAUCCUGCUUUCUAUUGUUCUCACGUUCUUCAUUUCG